CAUUGCGCAUAAAUGGCCGCCAUGUUGCUGCCGUCUGAAAGAUGUUCGCAACUCUUGUGUGUUUACUAAUGAAUUUUAAGGACUUCAGUAGUUAAAUUACUGUGCUUGUGAAAUUGUGAGUGUACAAUGGUUUUAUAUUUCAUGUAUUGUUGUGAUUGAAAAGUCUAUCAAAUGUCUCUGAAGCCAAUAAACAGUGAAAUUUUCUUUAGAUAGUCAUUCGAUUCGGACGGCAUAAUGGCUGACAAUCUGAUUCAAAAGUCACAUAAAACUAGUGAGAAAAACAAGUAUAACAACGUUGUUCAUCGUACGACGAGCGAAUCUCUUCGUCUGAACGAAUCGGAGAAGGGAGUGACUCAUCCGACGACAAUCCAAGGUGCACAUAACCCACGGAAAAUAUCUUCAUUUCAGAUCACCAGUGUGACCGUUGGUUCUCGAGUGAGCACUGAUGCUGGGGAGGAUUCGGCCGACGAUCUAGACGAAUCUCACACCGACGACAUCUCUAGAGUGACUGAUAUCGAGAAUGAGACACCAAGUUACUCUGAAGACACCUUUUCAAAGGACGAUGUAUUUUACAACGCGUCGAGUGCUUCAUUAGGUUGUGCGCCUGUUAUUCCAACGAGUUCUCAGUACGGGCUCGCGAUCGUCGGCCAGGACCCUAACACCAACCAAACAGGAGGAGCAGUGCCAAAUAGUAAUAAUUCUGAAGUGACGGACAUGCAUGUCAGUGUUACAAAUGCCGGAACAGGCAUCAUCAAUCUAAUAGGAAAUGCUAAACCGCAAGAAGGUAUGAAAGAAAUACAAGAACACGUUAGAAAUGAACGAUUUAAAGUCGUGAAAAUAGAAAGCACAGAACCAUUUCGUCGGGGUCGGUGGAUAUGUAUGGAUUACUUGGAUCAUACUACUACUCAACCUCCUAACAACAACUUGGAUGUAACAGAUACUAAUACCCUGCCUGCUCCUGAUAGUGGAGUUGUCAUCAAUGAUAGUCUGCAUGAUGAAAUUUCUAAUGAUCUGACAAACAAAGGGCCUAAAGAUAUUCAAGGCAAUGCUCCAACUGUGCAACAAUUAGAACAGACUCUUCAAAAACAAUUUCCAAUGGCUUCCCCUGGGCAAUCAUUGACCCAGCCUUUAAAUGUAGUGCCGCAGCAGAUGCCAGUUAAUCAAACUGUCAAUGUGCAGUCACCUCCACUAGAGAUGCCUCAACAGAUGCCAAACCAGAAUAUGCCUCAGGCUCAGCAGGUGGCCCAACAACAUCCACAAAGUAUGACACAUAUAACCAUGCAGAAUGCACCCCAGAAUCAUCCUCAAGCUCCCCAGCAACAGCAAGUGCAACAAAUACCACAGAGCUUUCCACAACAUCAGCUACAACAAGUCAUCGCUCAGUCACAAGGUAUUGCUAUGCAACAAAUUCCAAUGCAUCAGCAAAUGCCCCAACAGAUGCAAACUAUUCAAAAUCAACAAAUGCAGCAAAUGAACCAACAUAUGCCUCAGGCGCAGAUGCCUAUUCAACAAAUGCAACAACAAAUCCCCCAAAUGCAAGUUCAGGGUCAGAUUACACAAGUGCCGAACCAACAGUCACAGAUACAACAAAUGCAAAUGCAGCAGAUGCAGCAACAGCCGAACCCUCAACAGAUGCAUAUUCAACAAGCUCAAAUGACUAACAUGAGCCAGCAUCUUCAGGGGCAGCAAACCAUGGGGGCUCAGCAGCAACUUCAGAUACAAGCUCUCCAAAAUCAGCAGUUACCUAAUCACAUACAAACAAUGCAGAUGGCACCACAACUAGCUGGAACUAAUCAACAAAUACCACAGAUGCAACCACAAAUGCAUCAAAUUCCCACACAGCCCCAGCAGCAAGUUGUACCAGGAAUGCAUCCCCAGAUGCCACAACAAGGCAUGUCGGCUGUCCAGCCACAGUAUAACCAAGCUGUGCCUCAACAACCCAACACUCAAACUAUGAUCAGUGCUAAUAUACCUUCCUCUCAACAGACCAUGGUCCAACAACAACACAAUGUUCCUCAAUAUCACACACAGCAACAACAAAUGAGCCAGCAAGGACAGACCUUGCCGCAAGAGGUGCUUACGAGUAUUGUUACAUCACAACAAGGUGCAACUCUACCUUCCAAUCUUCAACCGAUGGCCUCUCAACCCCAGGGGUCAACAUUACCUGCGAAUCUCCAAAGUCUGAGCCAGCAACCACAAGUGCACAAUAUGACUCAACAACAAGGGAAUGUGCCCCAAGGGAACAUGCAAAUGAUGGCUGCACCUCCGCAGAAUAUGCAGAUGACUCUAGACGGGAAUCAGCCUAGUAUGCAGAUACCCGCCUCAGAUCCAAUAUACAUGCAGCCUACAAAUGUUGGGCAACAAAUGCCUGUCGGACAGCAUAUGGCGCAGCAGAAUAUGUUACCACAGCAAGUGAGCGGUCAGGGCCAGAUGGGCGGCGUUCAGUAUGUGGCCAACCAGCCAGUUUCGCUGGCUCACCAGAACAUUCCCAUGUCAAUGCAGCAGACUAUGCCUGUCAGUAUGGGUGGAGGAGUGCAUGCGAAUGUUGUGCAAUCCCAAACCAAUAUGGGGAUAGGAUAUGGUAAUGUAGUGCCAGUGAUGUCUCAGAGCAGCGUCGCUCCGGUCGAAGCGACCGUUUCCGGGACUAACUCGCCGGUGGUUUCUUUGCCCGCCAACACCACGGCGUACGUGGGCAACACGGCGCAACCGGGACAUGACAAUCAGGGCUUCGGCAGCCCAGUGAAUGCGGUGGUGUCUCACGUGAUUAGUAGCGCGGUUAUGAGCAAUGUGAAUGUGAGUGCUUGUGAUAGUGGUGGUCCAGAUGUGCCAGCUGACGGAGUGGCGAUUGAUGCUGGAGACGGGAAGGAGGACUCGCAGCCGGCACAACCAGCUGAGGAUGAAAGCAUCAGCGGGUUGGCGUUGGCGCUUGGAGGCAGCGGUGCCGGGAGCCCUUCGGCGGCCGACACCAGGGAGCAGACGGCGACUUCUUCUCGCGCGGCAUCACCUCCCCCCUCCGAGAGGCAGCAGCAUACCAGCGCAUCGGGCACAAGCGCGGUGGCCAUCGACAACAAGAUCGAGCAAGCUAUGGAUCUGGUUAAAAGCCACUUGAUGUUCGCGGUGCGCGAGGAGGUAGAAGUCCUGAAGGAGCGCAUCGCCGAACUAAUGGAGAGGAUCAAUCAGCUCGAAGUAGAGAACACAUUCCUGCGAGCGCACGCCAGCCAAGACACGCUGGCGCAGCUGCCGGCGGCCGGCGCUCGGCCGCCGCCGCAGACGCAGGGCCCCCAGCCGCCGGUGUCGUAGACCGCCGCGCCGGCGCUGCUGAUACCGCCCGCCGGCACUGGCCGGCCCCGAGGUUCACAGCCUCCCCCCUCGGCGCGCGACCCUGGCCGCAGCCGCAUGCUGCUCGCGGGACCCAGGGAGUCACUAUGGCUGUGCUAUGUUAAUUCGUAGGUUAACAAGAACGAGUGGAAAGUACACGGUCGAGCGCCGAGGGACUCCGCGCGACCGCACGAUAAAUCACACAAGUGUCUAGUUAGUAUCACCGCUCCGCGCCCGGCCGCUUCCCGCUCCACUUGCCGCUCUAAUGUGGAGCGGGGCGGGAUCGACGACGCGCGAGACUUCUAUAUUAUGCUUCGGAUUCAUAGACGUAUACCUAUAUUCUGUUAUUAUAAUUUAGGGUGCAGAACUUCGUGCUAACUGCCAUGCUUUUGCUACGCAUCUCGGCAACGAGUCUUUUAGCGUUUCAAUGUACGUUGUCGUAUUUUUUUAUUCAGUUUAAAGUUAGGUAUCGCUAUCCAGAUAUUAUUCCAUUUAAGAUAUAUUCUGUAAGACGUGUGAUUAAAAUGAAUGUAAUAGAGUUGAAUAUAAUAUUUCGCAUUGAACAAUGACUGUGUGUUAAUUUAUUUUCUCUAUUUCUUUGUAUAUGUAAUUAAGUUAUUUAUCUAUUUUCAAUACUGUAUAACAUAAAAUUGCGAGUUUUGUCCUUGGAAAUAUUUAAUAAUGAUCUGUUGAUUGUUCUGAAAGUGUUGUGUGAUGUUUCGUUUAGUUUUUAUCAUUUAAUUACAUGUUAUUGUUUAUAUAAAUAACAUCAGAAUGUAUGUUGAUGUUUAACGUUUACUGAAAACUCAUGAUAUAUAGAUUAGAAUCGUUGCGAGAUUGUGAGCUCGUGCGAUUGCUGGCUUUAGUCAAUUUUGCACGCUGAAACUGAAAAAAAAAACUAUUUUUAUUCCAAUCCUAUAUCGAUGAAUAAAAUAGAAGUUAUAGCAAUUUAACAAUGUAUUUUUUUAAUAAUUAAAUUGUUUGUAUAUAGUACAAGUUGUAAUAGAUUCGUGUGUAGGGAAUGAUGUACAUAUGAACGAAUGUGAUGUAAGGGAACUCCUUAGUCCGUGCACAGACAUAGCGAACGUAUGUAACGCGGAAUAUAGCUAAAAAUAUAAGUUAAAUAAUUGCUGUAUUUAAUACUAGCUUCACUGUUUAUAAUUAAAGAACCGAACAAAAUGUCUGACGACUGAUGUGUGUUAAUAAAUGCAAGGACUAUGAAAGGAUCGGGCAGAAAUGAACUGAAGGAAUAGCCGGCUGAUAGAGUGACUAUUUUCGCUAUAGAAUAGUAUUUUGUACAACGCUAUGUGUAUAGAUGAUGUUAGGUCUUGAUUAUUGUGAAUAUACAGUAAUUUAAUCCAAGCAUUACCCUAGACCUAGUUAUGAAUUAUAUAAUGAUAUAUGAUACUGAAUUUUGUAAAUAUACUGUAAACAGAGAAUGCCCGUUGUAGCUUAUGUUGACCAGAAAGGUUCCUCAUACAUACCCAAUAAAUGCAAAAGUAUUCAAA